AUGCAAAUCUUUGUUAAAACUCUUACUGGAAAAACUAUCACACUUGAAGUUGAACCAAGUGAUGCUAUCGAAAAUGUAAAAGCAAAAAUUCAAGAUAAAGAAAGUAUUCCACCUGAUCAACAACGACUCAUAUUUGCUGGAAAACAACUUGAAGAUGAUCAUACAUUGAGCGAUUAUAAUAUUCAGAAAGAAAGUACACUUCAUCUUGUUCUUGGAUUACGCGGUGGUAUGCAAAUAUUUGUGAAAACACUCACCGGCAAAACAAUGACGUUCGAAGUUGAACCAAAUGACACUAUCGAAAAGCUUAAAAUGAAAAUCGACGAUAAACUAGAUAUUCCAUCGGAUCAACAAACACUCGUAUUUAUCGGAAAACGACUCGAAUCUCACCGAACAUUUAGUGAUUAUGACAUUCAAAAGGAAAGUACACUUCACCUUAUUGCUCGGCUUCCAGGUGGUGAUAAUUAA